AUGAUCCCCGGCGAGCUCACAGGAAUCUACUAUUUCCCACAUGAAAACCCUAUCCCACUUGUACUUCCUCCAAGCUUCAACAACAACAUCCAAUCUUUCCAAAACUUCAGCAGCAGCAGCAGCAGCAACAACAACAAUGCUAUCCCGACGAACUUCCAGUACAUAACGACGCCGUGCCCGAGCAGCAACGCGUCGAGCACGUCGGACGAGGCGGAGGAGGAGCAGCAGCAGCAGCUGAGGAUCAUCGACGAGCGGCGGCAGAGGCGGAUGAUAUCCAACCGGGAGUCUGCGAGGCGGUCGAGGAUGAGGAAGCAGAAGCACCUCGACGAGCUUUGGUCGCAGGUUGUCCGGCUGCGGUCGGAGAACCACUCCCUCAUCGACAAGCUCAACCACGUGUCCGAAUGCCACGACCGGGUCCUCGAGGAGAAUGCCCGCCUCAAGGAGGAGGCGUCCAACCUCCGGCAAAUGCUCACUGACCUAAAAAUCACCAGCCCCUACAGUAUCAGACCAAACGUUGAGCAAUUCAUGGAUGAUCAGAAUCAUGAUGAUCAUGAUCAUUUUGAUCAUCAUGAUCAGGUUAUCAUUCCCUGCAACGCGGCUCAUCUUAGAGCCGAGUCGUCAAGCGGCCAGUCCAUUGCUAAUUCGGUGGACUUGCUUCAUUGA